CUUGCUAGAUUGUGUCAUUGUAAAGAAAAACAUCUUCUAAGUUCUCCAUGGCUUUGGAGCAUCAGCCUGGUGACAUUUGGUUGAAACCAAGACGACAGCCACUCUGGACCUUGUCCUUAACUGACAGUACAGGAGCUAAUCUCCACUCUCAGUCUCCUGAUUCACCACCAAGACGUCCUCCUCGUUGCAUCUCCUGGGCACUUCUUCUGAUCUUGUUCUUGGAUGUGUUUCUGUUGACAACUGCUCUUGCAUUAUUGUUAUGUCUAUCCAAUGAGCAACGGACCAUGCAGAAGAAUGUCUCUGAUUCAAUAGCGGAAGUUCAAGCCAUGCUUGCAAAAUCGGAAGCAGAAAUCUUCCCUGGAUUAAGCGAGCAGCUUUUGUUACAACAAGAAAACAUUUCCUACUACAGGCAGAUCCUGGAUAAUAUGUCUGACUUCCGGACUGAAAAAGAUCUGCAAAGCGUAAUAGAAAUACUACCACGGAAACAUACCUGUCAGCAGAACAAGAAUGGAGAAGUGUCCUCCUGUCUUCCAUGCGGUGCUAAUUGGCUGGCUUUUAAAGAGAGCUGUUACUACUUUGUAUUGGAGAGAAAUGACUGGUUCAGUUCCAAAGAGUUCUGUGCAAACCACAAAGCCACACUAGUUGUUAUCAACAGUGAAGAAGAGCAGGAAUUUAUCACUGAGCAACACAGCUCUGAGUUUUUCUGGAUUGGGUUAAGUGACACUGAAGAAGAAGGAGAAUUCAAGUGGGAGGACGGAACAAACUUCACGACCACAGCAACGUUCUGGAGGUCAGAUCAACCAGAUGAUUACCUUAAUAACGAAGACUGCAUCGCACGAGAUCCUAAAGUAGGCACCUGGAAUGAUGCACAUUGUAACAAUUACAAGUAUUCCUUCAUCUGUGAAAGGACAACCCUUUCACUUGAUGAUAUAAAAAUGCAGUUAACAGCGACACAUAAUAUUUAAGGCUGAAUUAUGCUGAAAAAGUUGAAAGUUAAAAAUCACCAUCUCUCCUGCUGAUGUUGUCACUGAAAAAUAUUUCUGAUAGCAAAAUACCCGCGCUUCGCAGCGGAG